UAUGCACAUAAGUAUUUUAGUUGAAGAAAAAAAAAAAAAGCAUCAAACAAAACACAAAUAGCGACCAUUUCAAAGCGACCUUCUCGCAAUUCGGAGACCGGGGUUUGAUCUCUCUCUCUCUCUAUCUCUGUCGAUGGCGAUGCUGAUGGUAGAGAGCAUUGUGGUGGUGGUUGGUGUUGUCCUCCUUAUGCUGCUUCUGAUCCUCCUCCUCAUCCUCCUCGCCUGCAAGCCAUGGCGCUUCUUUCUCUCUCCCUCCCCUCGCACUCUUGCCAUCAAGUCUCAGGUUGAUGAUAUAGAGAGGCCACUUGUCUCAGAAGAUUUGAAUUUUGUUCAAAAUCAAAGCAAUGAGUUCGCUGGAAAUUCUGCUCUUGAGGGGACAUGUAAUCCAACUGAACAAACACAUGGAUUUGGUUAUAAACAACAGAUCUCAUCCACAGCUCCUCAGUUGACUCAAGGCGGUAAUUUUGUUUUGGAUGUAAUUCCUAACCCUUCGGAAGAUAUUUUCGUUGGUCAGACACUUAAGCGUCCUUUGGUGUUACACAGCAUUGUUGAAGAGCAGAAGCAUGCCAGAUAUGACUCAAAAUUUUGUUCAGACAGUGAUAGCUUUAGAGAGUUUAUACCCAAAGGAAAUGCAGGAAGUAACCUCACACUGGAGGUUAUCUCUGGUCUUUCUUGUGGGCUUCGUUGCUCCAUACAAUCAACAAAUGCUUCAAGGCUUCCACUGACUAUUGGAAGGGUUGUUCCAAGUGAUUUAUUACUGAAGGAUUCAGAGAUUUCAGGGAAGCAUGCUCUGAUAAACUGGAAUUUAAAUAAGUUAAAAUGGGAGGUGGUGGACAUGGGCAGCUUAAAUGGAACAUUCUUGAAUUCACGGGCAAUCCACCAUCAGGAUUCUGAAAAAAGACAUUGGGGUCAACCUAUUGAGCUUGCAAAUGGAGACACAAUAACUCUUGGCACAAGCACAAAAGUAUCUAAUUUAGGUUUCAAAUGCUGGUUUCCAGGAUACUCCUUCGAGUGUUGGUUCGAAGUCUUUGCGCAUCCAAAGGUUCGGAUUACGUCUCAAAGUGAGUGCCUGAUCCCUUUUGGAGUUGGUCUGGCAUCAGAUCCCAUGGCUGUGCGCCGAGGAGGAAAGAUGCUGCCCAUGGAAGAUGUGUGCUAUUACCAUUGGCCUCUUCUUGGGACUGAUCAGUUUGGACUUUUUGGUAUAUGUGAUGGACAUGGCGGAGUAGCUGCUGCCACAUCUGCAAGCAAGAUGCUGCCUGAGAUGGUUGCUAGUAUCUUGUCAGAUUCAUCUAUAAGGGAGAGGGUUUUAUCACAAUGUGAUGCUUCAGAUGUCCUUAGGGAUGCUUUUCUACAAACAGAAGCAAGCAUGAACCACUAUUAUGAGGGCUGUACGGCAACAGUGCUUCUGGUUUGGGCUGAUGGUCGUGAAAAUUUCUUUGUGCAAUGUGCAAAUGUUGGAGACUCGGCAUGUGUUAUGUAUAUUGAUGGAAAGCAGAUUAAAAUGUCGGAAGACCACAGAAUCAGCAGUUAUUCUGAAAGACUCCGUAUGCAAGAAACAGGAGAACCUUUGAAAGAUGGGGACACACGCCUAUGUGGUCUAAACCUUGGUCGGAUGCUUGGAGACAAAUUUCUGAAACAGCAGGAGGCUCGUUUCAGUUCGGAGCCUUAUAUAAGUGAAGUUGUGCAUAUACAUCAGGCAAGCAAGGGUUUUGCACUUUUAGCAAGUGAUGGCUUUUGGGAUGUUGUUAACUUCAAGAAGGCAAUUCAGCUAGUUGAACAGGCGAGGGAGAGAUAUGUGGCAGACACAGAGACUCCGGCUGAAAAGAUUGCUAAUUUUUUGUUGAACGAGGCCAGAACACAACGUACAAAGGAUAACACCUCUGUAAUUUUCUUAGAUUUUGACAGCAUAAAUAGAAUCCCUUCUUGUAAACUGGACUCUUAGAAUUAGCUCCCAUGUAAAAUAUUACAAUUUUUAUUGUUUUAAUUUUUUUUUCCCUCUGAAAUUUCUCUCUCCCCUUAUAUUUUUCCUUAUCCAAAUUAUGUUUUGUGAUGCCAAGAUUCUUGGCACUUCUGUUCCAGAGUAGGAAGCCAUUAUAUGUUCUCUAAAACAGUUAAAGGUAUGUUUGGAUCUUGGAAAAAGAAGUAAGUUUUAGGUAUUUUCAUAAGUCAAAA